AUGCCACAACAACAAUCGAAGCACGUCGUCUUUGACGUAGUAGGCACUUGCGUAUCGUUCGACGCCUACUACGAAUGUAUCGACAAAGUCAUAGGCAACAAACUUCGAAAGGAGACAAUAACACCCAAGCACUUCGGAUUCACAUGGCAAACAGUAGCGGAGCUAGAAUUCACUUUCUUCUCCAUAUCUGGGCGCUACUGCCAAUAUAAAGAAGUUAUGCGGGCUAUGUUUUAUCGAUCGCUGUUCCUGGCCGGCGUAAGCGAUCCGCGCACUUUCGCGACAGAUGCCGAACGCGAUCAAUGCAUCGAGGGCUAUACCAGCUUGCGUCUACGACCAGGGUGUCAGGAGUGCUUCCAGAUCUUACGCGAAGGUGGAUUCACGGUGUGGUGCUUUACGACAGGCGACAUCCAGCGAGUGCGAGGUUAUUUCCAGCGUGAGAACGUUGACAUACCAUUGGAGAACUUCGUCACAUGCGACACUGCGGGUGUUGCCAAGCCAGCCAUGGCUGCGUAUAAAUCUGUACUUGGCAAGCUUGGGCAAGACUCGGAGAAUUGGUUUGCGGCUGCACAUAUGUGGGACGUGUCGGCCGCGGUCAAGGCAGGAUUUAAGGGUGCUUACUGCACAGUCUAUGAAAAGGAGCCCUGUGAGGAGAUAUUUGGUGACAAGAUGACGGUUACUGAGGAUACGUUACCUGAAAUGGCUAGAGCUAUUGUGUCUUCUUCACGAUCGUGA